AUGCGAGGAACACCACGACAACGAGCCCAGGCUUUUGAUGGAAUAACCAAAAACAUGGAGAAAAAAUUCUCCGUUUUUGUGUACGGGACGCUGAAAUCUGGAGAACCGAAUCAUAAGACUUUGGCUGAAACAGGUGGAGAAUAUCGAAAAUCUGAUUUUUUGAUAUUCUCACUUUGCGAUUCUGAAUUUGGGGAACUCGAAAAAAAUACAAAAAGUCAAUAUUCAGAUAUUCAGAAAAAUGUUUUAAAAUUCAUCUCCUCCGGAACCACCAUGGAAAAGUUCCCCCUGGUCGUCGGAACCAAAUUCAACAUUCCAUUCCUUUUGGAUGACGCUGGGAAUGGAAAUAUUUUUUUGGAAUUUUCUUUUUUUUUGGGAUUUUCCCAGAAAUUCAAAAAUUCGGAAUUAUCAAAAUUUUUGAAAUUCAGAAAUUUUUAA